AUGCGGGGGCCGGCGAGGCUGAGCUCCCAAAUCUCGGUGCUGCGGGCCCGGACCCUGCACCGCCUCAGCCGGCCGCAGGCUGCGCGCGCCAUCGCUGCCGCCGCCGGCUCGCCCCGCCCCGCCCCGCCCCGCCCCGCGCCGUUGCCUGGCAACGCACACAAGCGGCGGCGGCGGGAGCGGGAGCGGCGCGCACUCGGCCGGGCCGGGCCGGGCCGGGCCGCAGGUGUGGGGCCGCGUCCCCGCCGCCGCAGGCCCGGGCCCGGGAGCCGCCUGGUGGGGCAGGGACCCUCCGGCCUGCUGCAGCCGAGCCAGCCGUGUCUCUUCUCUCCGCAGCUCGGGCCCCGGCCCGUGUCUCGUCUCCACGGCGCGGAGCGACCCCCGCCUGCGCCUCCGCGCCUGGGCGCCCAGCGACAAGUGACGACAGGUCUCCGCUGGCCAGGCACAAUGACUGAUACAGAGCUGGACAAUGGCAGUGCUGCCCUUGAAGACCAGAGGGAGGAAAAUGCUGAAUCCAACACAGAGGAGACAAAGCAGCAGCCAUCCCAUUCUGUGACUGCAAGAGCUUGGGAAAAGGACUACUGCGAUUACCUCUUGGACUCUAUUGAUGCUCAGCUCAGCCAGCUGGAGUGGCAGGGCUCUGGGGCAAGAGUUACAUGCACCAGCCCAGAAGUGGAGCAUACCUCCCUGGAGUGUUCACCUGAUGCCCCACCUGUGGCAGAGAUGAAAGGAUGCUAUGGAGCUAAAGAUAUCAUCUCCUUGGGUGAAGUUGGUUCCUCUCAGAAAGAUGAAUACAGCUGGAGGAUGAGGAACCUCCUUGGCUCUGAGCAGACCCCAGAAAAUCUGAGCUACCAGAGUGACUCUAAUUCCAUUUGUACAGAGGACUUUGCCACCACGUUUGAGGAAGGCAUGGUUGACCCUCUAGUGAAUUUUGAUGAGGAAGGUGAUGUGCUUGCUUUUGACUUCUCAACUGAGGACUCCACUGUGGAGGGAAGUGCUGUAGGAAUGACAGCAGGAAGCACUGGUCCUUCUCUCUGUGUGAAGGAAUGUGAAGGCACAUUGGAGGUUCUCACAAGCCAUAGGCAAAGAAAGCAAGAGUACCUGCAGCAACCUAAGGAGGAGUUGGAAGAUGACUUAUUGGUGGCUUCAACUAGUGGUGUGGAAAGGCCCCAAUUUGUUAGCACUAGGAACAGGAGAGAGAGCCUGGAGUCUUUGGGAGGAAGGAUAUCCAGGCUGAGCCAGAGCAAUACCAUGCACACAUCAAGCAGCAUGGGCACAGAGAGGGCCAGCUCCACAGGUAUUUGGGCCUGUGGUCAUUUGACCCUGGAAUUGGUGAGGAACCCUGAAGAAAGUGCUUCAUGGCCUACAAUGCAAGGGAGUGAAGGCCUGGAGGAUUCAUCCAGAUGGGCUCAGCCUCUCCCUGGAAGGAGCAGGUUGUUGCUUGAAGAGCUGAGUCCUGGACAGCUGUUCAAGGCUCUAGAUGUCUCUGCCAGCCACACCAGGUCCUGGGAUGGAAGAACAGCUCAGAGUCUAUGCACAAGAAGACAGGCUGAACAUCGGCACUUCUCCCCAGAUCACCCUUCUCACACCACCACACUCACAUCCACCUCCAAUGGCUCUUCCAUAGCCUCUGAAGGGCAGAUCAGAUCUCAGCUCAUAACCCUCCUGCAGACCAGUCAAGGGCUAUCCCCUGAGCUAGGGAAGCCCAUGGAACAGUGGUCAGCAUUGCAAGGCUCAGCUGUGAACAACCAUUUGUCUAGUAGACCUGUAAGUGCCCAGAUGCCCACAGGUAAAGCCAAAGACAGCUGUGCUCCAACACAGGAUAGGUCUUGGGAGGUGAACUCCCUCUCUACAGUCAGUCGACAAGAUCCCAGAACAGAUACAGAAGUGACACAGCAGGAGCUGGUGACUCCCUCACGACAGUCUGGGAAGGAUAUUGCUUAUGCGGUGGAUAGUGAUGGCAUAGAAGAAGUUUGGGCUAGCUCUGAGCUAGAGCAUCAGCCAGCCGAGAGGAGAGCUUGCUAUCCGAAUCCUUGUCCUGACUUGGACACCAGAGUCCCUAAGAGUUGUGGCCUGAACUUGGCUCCAGACAGUAGUUCUUCAGUGCCCAACAAAGACAAGCAUGUGGCUGUUCCUGACUACAACAGCAAUACACUUCAUUGGCCCCUGGGGAACUCAUUGGGGUGCUUAGGCUCCAGCAAUGAUGAAGAGGAGGAGGAAAAAGAGUGUCUGCAAUCUAAUGACAGUACACAUUGGAGGAGCAGCAGCCUUACAAGAGUGAGCUUGAGCCCAAGCAGAGCAGCAGCAUCCAGUUGGAAGCAAGCUAAGAGGGAAAUCUGCCUGGACCACAAGCUCCACCCAGGCUCUGCAUGGGCCAGAGCAGCCCCCACAAUGGAGGUACUCACUGCCAACAAGGUGAUCCUGGAGGAAUCCAUUACCAAACUGCGGCAGGACCUGGAUGCCGAAGAGGAGAGGCUGUUGCAACAGAAGGACCAAGUGAAGGAGGCAAAUUUGUCCCUGAGUGACAUCUUGCUCCAGAAACAGCACACAGUGCAAGAGCUAGAGUCACAGCGUGGGGCCCUGGAGAAGAGCCAGAAAGAGGCACAGAAGCUGGAGUCCCAUGUGAAGGAGACUCAGAGCAAAGCAGAUGAAGCCAGGGUGGACCUGAUGCUGCUCAAGCAUAAGCCUGACUCAUGCCUGUGGGAGCUGCCAAAGAGAGAGGAGCUGAGCAUACGAAGAUGGCAUCACUGUGCCACACACGGCAACCAGCUGGGAGUCUUCCAAGAUGAGGUCGCCUCAGUGGUGCCUGAGUGGGAGCAGCUGAAGAUGCAUGUGCAUCACUUGGAGGGCAGCUUGUCCCCCCUGAACCACCAGAAGCUGAAGCAGCAAGGGGACAGAACCAGAAGAGAGGAGCUGCAGGAGAAGCAGGAGGCUGGCCUGAGUGAACAGAACCAGUCCCUGAGCAGGCAGAGCCAACCACAGGUAGUGGAGCAGGUGGUGAAGAGCUCUGCUCUAGAGAAGAUCCUGUUCGAGAAGAACCUGGAACUGCAGCAGUUGCAAGAGGCUGUCUCUGCCCUGACUUUGGAGAAGGAGUCACAGAAAUCUGCUCUGGAAAGCCUAAAGGAAGAACAUGAAAGGCAGCUGGAAGAGGUGCACAAAGAAAAGGAGCUGGCACUGGCUCAGCAGAGAGAGGAUCUACAGCACCAGAAGCAGCAGGAGCUCCAAGAGUUUGCAGAGACUCUGGAACAGGUGAAGGAUACAGCCUUACAGGAUCAAUCCUCUUCCUUCCAGAAGAAAGUGGAGAACCUCACCAGGAUUUUGGAGGCCCAAGAUGCAAAACUUCGCCAACAGCAAGAAGCCAUGAGGAUGCAGAAGGAACAUACCCAGCAACUACUCAGAGAGUUGAGGGCAGAGGCCAAGGAGAUGGUUCAGAAUGCCCUGCUUCAAGGGCAAAGUAACUGGGAAGCCAAGGAAAAGGAAGCACUCCGGUUGCAAUGUGAAACACUGGAGGAGCAGAGCCACAGAGUGCAAGCUGACCUCCAGAAGGCCCUGGAGAAAGAGAGGAGGAAGGGAUCAGCAUUGCAGACUAGGAUCCUGGAGCUCCAGAAGCAAAUCCAAGACCUGGAACUCCUUACCUGCUCACUCAAGCAAGAGAAGCAGGUGGCCCUAGAAGACUUGCAGACUUUGCUUCAGGAGGAGAAAAUGGAAGCAUUACAGAAACUUCGGGAGGAACUGGAGCAGGAGACAAUACAGGAGCGUGACCAACUGAGAGCAAGGCUGCGGCAACUAGAGGAGAAGCAGUGCCUCUUGCAAGCCAAGCAGAGUGAAGCAUCCUUCUGGGAGCAGGAGGCACUGUCCAGUGCUGAGUGGGCUGAGCACUCAGUGGCCAGGGAGAUUGGCUUGGUGUGCCAGCACCUCCAGGACUUGCUGCCUGAGAGAGCCAGGGGACAGAGCGCUUCCUGGAUGGCACAUAGGAGCCCAUCUUACCUCUCUCCCGGCCAUGCCCUUCAGAUCCUCGGUCGACUGAGGGAAGAAAUUCAGCACUACCUCAGGGACUUGCAGCAAGAGAUAGAGGCUCAGAAACACACCAUCCUUCAGGUCCAGAUGGAAAAGAAAUGGGAGCUGAAGCAGCAGCAGGAGCAGCUUCUUUUAGAAAAGGAGGAAGCUCUGGAGGCCCUGAAGGAGCAGCUGAUCCAGGAGCGCAUCCAGGAAAUUGCCACCCUGCAGCACAGUGAGCUAAAGGAGGCUGUGGGUGAGAAGCGGUUGUGCAAGGACAGUGAGCUGUGGGCUAUCCAGGGAAGCUGGAAGGACCAGGUGGCGUGCAAGCUGACCCAGAGGUUGGAGAAGGAGCUGGAUGUGGAAAUGGAGACGCACUCCUGCAAGGACAGACGUGUGGGCCUUCAGAAGGCUGUGGAGAGGCCGGACUCAGAAGCCAGACACCUUUCCUCAGUAACGGAGAAACCUUUGUCCCCAGCUAAAGCCAGGAUGGUGACAGAGGCCUGGGAACUGGGUGAACAUCACCAUCUCUGCUCUGCGUCUUUCUCCUCCAUAAGCACUGCAUGUCUCCCCAGGCAGCAUGACUCUGGAGCCUUGAAGUUGCUGCACCAUCUCCAGGGCCGUGUGAGAAAGCUGCGGAUAGAGAAUGCCAUCAACCACUGGGGCAGCCUGGAGGACCUGGCCAGCCUACAGGGAGAGCUGGGCCACACAUUUUGAGAAAAGGAGCAAGAUUACAACUCAGAGUACAGACCCAAAGAUAUUAUUGACCUUAUACACUUCAUCCUCACACACACCAGUUUCACUUUUAAUAACCAACACUUUCUCCAGACCACGGGUACAGCUAUUGGCACUAAAAUGGCCCCACUGUAUGCCAAACUUUUUAUGAGCCACCUGGAAAAAGACUUCCUCAAGGACUGCACCAUCAAACCCUAGCUAUACUUAAGAUAUAUCGAUGACAACUUCAUCAUUUGGACUGAAAACCUGCAAUCACUGACUGAGUUCCAGAAGAAAUUCAACAAUCACCAUCCCUCCAUCUGACUUUCUCUAGAAUACUCCAGCACCAGCAUCUCCUUUUAAGACACAAUGAUCAGUAUCCAGAAUGAUAAAAUACAGACCACAUUAUACAAGAAACCCGCAGACCAACAUACAUAUCUGCACAGAACCAGCAGUCACCCUAAACACACCAAGAAAGCUGCAAUAUAAAGCCAAAUCCUCACAUACCACGGCAUUUGUACUGAACACCCGGGAUUGCCACCUCACUAAUCUUAAAAAGGCUUUCACCCAACAAGAACACUCCUCCAGAGACACAGAUCACAUGUUUGAAAGAACCACCCAGAUACCAUGUAAAGAAUUGCUGCAAUACAGAAGAACCCCCCCCACAAAUCACACACUGCUGGUUAUGACAUAUCAUCCCUCCCUUGAACCCAUACAGAAAAUCCUCGAACAAUUGCAACCCAUAUUAGAAAGAGACCCUAUUCUUAAAGAGACCUUCCCAGAGCCACCCAUCCUAGCCUUCAAACAAGCACUGAACCUCGCCAACCUCAUCACCAGAAGCAAACUUCCUCAAGCCCAGAACACACCAAAAGGCUCCAGACCAUGCCAUGACAAGAAAUGCAAAACCUGCCAACACAUCUCCACCACCCCCACAAUUACUACACCCCACAACAGAGCCAUCAGCAUCCCAGGAUUUUACAGCUGCACCUCCAGAAACGUAAUAUAUCUCAUCCACUGCACCAAAUGCCCUGAUGGAAAAAAUGUAGGAGAGACCAAACAACAACUGCGCACUAGAAUGAAUGCACACUGAAAAGCUAUCAAAGACAGAAAUACCCAAUUACCUGUGGGGCACAUUUCUCACAAGAAAACCACUCUCUUUCCAGUCUCUCAGUUCUGAUCCUCAAAGGAACUUACAAACACUUCCCAGAGAUGAGCCUAUGAACUCCACUUUAUCAACCUCCUGGAUACUAAAAAUCAAGGACUAAAUAUAGACAUUGCAUUUAUGACACAUUACAACCUGCCUGACAUCUCACUCCCCAGGUACCUCUCCACUAUUCAUCCCCCUUCUCUCCCCCCCCCCCCAGCCUGUCUCUCACCCAUUGACUCCUCAAUCUACAUCUUCACUGACUGCCUGUCUUGCAUGCAGACCAGCCCAGCCGCUGGCUUCUUUGCUUUUCAUUCCAUCCAGGAAGAGCACACAUCAACUGCUGAAGCUUCCUCAGCCUGACGAAGGGUUUCUGAGCCCGAAAGCUUGCUUAAAAAUGUUUUUUCCAACUAUUUAAGUUGGUCUAAUAAAAGAUACCAGAUUCACCCAAAGAACCUUGUCUGCCUAUGUCCUUAGACUGACACGGCUACACCCUACACCCCUCUCACACUCAUAACAGUUAGAGGGCUUCUGCUUUGAAGCACUGGAUAAAAUAUGUCUCAGAGUCAGAACAUCUGUACAGUUUGUCUCCUGUGUGAAUUCAUACAUGCUUUAUGAGGGCUGUAUAUAUGAAGGCCUUCUCUUAUGCGGGAUAAUGUUAAGAUCUCUUCUCUUUGUCCACCCUCCAGUGCACAACAAAAAGGAAUUUCAGAAUUAAUCUUUUCCCCAUUCACCAUAGUCUUUCCCCAGGAGGAAUUUGGUAGCACCCUGGGACAUGGAUUAGGACAUAGAUCAGCACCAUGUUCUCAGCAAGUCUCUUGUUUGUGAGGAUCUGGAGGUGUUGCUGCUAAAACUUUUUCAUAUUGAGAACAGCUAAAGGGCUUCUGCUCUGCUUGGACUCUGAUGCUCAGUAACCUUCCUCAGAAGUGUAGCAAUGGUCAAGCUUCUCGUGUAGCCCCCCGCUGCCUAGUGAAGUGCGAGUUCCAAGCGGCACAGAGAGCACGCACAGGGUUUCACUGGCAUUUGAUAAGGUGCAAGGCUAGCCCAAAGCUGUUCCCACACUACAGCCUCUCAUAAGGAUGCAUGUGAUCUAGCUGCUCUUAAGUACAUUAGAGACAAAGGUCUAAUGAACUGCCAGAAGCAGGUUCCCUGGGAGCAGCAUCACCGUUGCAUUUCCAGGUAUGACACAAAGGAAGCUGAAGCAGGCAGACAGGACGUGCUCAGAAGCAUCUCUUCUCAAAAGCAUCAUGGAAACAUCACACACAUACCCUUAGAGGUCUAAGCCCCUAUCUAUUCUGGUAUAAGACUAGUAAACUAAUUUACUGGUUGAGUACCUUGAGAGUGGGGAGACAGCCGUAACAACAAAGUAACACUUUUACAAGCAAUAGACCAGGGCGUUUGCUAGCAAAGGUUUGUAAGUUAGGGAUCACCCCUUGUCACACCCAGGCCCAGAUGCAACAUACCAAAAAAACUACCUAAUUCUAUGACUUUAGGCUUGUAAAUGCCUAAAUGAUUUGAAAGUGGGGUUUAACCUCCUAAAUCACUCCAGCACGCUGGAAAAUAGUGCCUGCUAUUGACAACAUAAUAUUUCAACCACCUAGAUAAUGAAUCUGAUUUUGGAAUAUCCUCCUGUAACCCGGGUACACCCAAGAACGUGCCCUGUUCUCAAUCGGAUGGGACAGGUAGGCAGGAGCGGUGCUGUGAGAGGGAUGUCAGAAUUUCGAGUGGAUCCCUGUUUCCUCUAUAGAGUUAACCCAAGCCCAAAGUCCUUAACUAUAUACAACGUAUUGCCUUACCAACAUGUAUAUAUAAAACUCUUUAAGACAGAUAUAAUUACAGAUACAGAUACAAAUAUACAUGUGACAGGCUAGCUGGCAGUGACUUAGCCCAGGGGUUUUGAAGGGGUAAAAGAUGAUUAGAGGACUUGGGAUUCCCUUUACUCACCAAUCAGGCCCCACAGACUCACCCUCCAUGUGCCCUGACUGGCCCCUUGGGUCACCUGGAGGGGGAUAAAAGAGGCAGCACGGCUGACUCAAGAGAGACCAGCGAGGGACCAUGAGGAAGGAGCUUCAAAGAGCUGGCAAGAGCUGAGCCAGCGGGGCAGGAGCAAUUGCUCCAGAAGCACCUGAAGGAGCAGGACCUGCAGGCAGCAGUUGGACCCUCAGCAGUGCGGUGUGUAGCUGGCAGGAGAGGCUCCCCAGCUCCAGCAAGGAUCUGAGCAGCGACCUGAGAGGUUCCCAGCUCUGCUUCCAGCUCCUCCAGUAAGAGGCCAGGCAGGUCAAUGUGAGGCUGGGGCUCUGGACUGGUCAAGACCCCUUGCACUGGUGGCUGUGUGGUAGAGUUUAUAUUUAUCAUGUGGAAAAUCCAAGCUCAAGUCCCAGCUGGGGUGACUUGGGGUGAGUGAAGUAAUGGAGAAAUUCUUGUUGCAGUAGAAAGGGGCCAUUGUGUUUUCCCUCUUUCCCCCCUCCAGGUACCUAGGCCCUAUAUUCCUUGUUAUUUGACAUUUUGUAUUUAGUGCCUUUUAUAUUUCCCCAACCAGUAUUGUUUGUUCUGCUGUUUGUGAUUUAUAUUUUGUUAACCCUGUCUUUUGUCAAUGAUUGUAACUGUCUAACCUUUGUUGAAUCCUGCCCCCUUGGGGCAUUGUAGUGUCCCCUGUACCCCCUGGUUUAUGCCUGUUAUGUUCCCAGCACUGUUCUCUCAUUAAAAGGUAUAUGGUUAAGGCCCCA